CCGGCGCGCUCCGCCUCCCUCAUCAGUCCUCCUCACAAGCGCAGAGAGAGAGAGAGAGAGCGUCUGGGUGCGGAGUCACUCUGGCUGGGACUGGCGCUAGCAGCAGCGGCGGCGGCACUGGUGAGCGGUGGUGGCGAGGAGGAGCCGGCCAAGAGUGCGGCGCGUCGUCACCGAGGCCGAGGCGCCCGUCAUCUCUGGACUCUGGGGAUCUCCGCUUUCCCCCGUUCGAGGGUGGAGGAUUGGACCUGUUCCUACUCCCGGGGGUCUGCUUUCGCUGGGUUUUCCGAUAAUUUGCCCAGGAGCAGGUGAAGUGCUGUCUGUGCUGAAAUUUGCCAUCCCGGUGCAGAAGUCCUGCCGUCGUUGGUGCCUUGUUGAGGAGAGAAUCGCUUGGGAUUUGCCUUGUCUUGUUCGGCUCUUGCUUGGUGGUUUUGCACUUGUUAUGCUAAGGUCUGAAUGGAGCUAGUAGAUAAGAUUGCGGAGCCUGAAGACCCUCUGGUGGUCACCGCUCGGAAGGUGCAGAGCCUGGAGCCGCCACUGCCGAUUCCGAUAAAGGCCUCAUGGAAAGGGAAGACCUCCCAGCAGCAGGAUGAGAAGGAUCUGCCAGAUGAUGGGGAGGAGAGCUUCCAGAGCGUGGAUUCCUCAGAUGAGGGUGGCCGGAGUUCUUUCUCCGGGGCCAGUCACCCCCUGGAGCCAAUUGAUAUGGACCUUAUGAAGACGGUCUAUGUCGCCAUUGAUGAGGAGAAGCCUGAGCGGCCGGUGUGUCUGGUGCGAGGGCUAUCAGCCAAAGGGCCGUUCAUGGAUGACCUCUCGCUCCGUGUCACAGGCCUGAAGGCAAAUGCAGUGGUCUGUGCAAGCAGUGGUGAAGGCUUGGCUGAAGAGAGGAAGGUGUCUGGUGCUGCAGUGGCGUCGCUGGCCACGGCACGCUCGUCACAGGCUACUGAAACUGUGUCCUUGCCUCCGGAUUCGGAGGAGAAGGACUGCGUGUGGGAUGCAUCGCUCCCUCCCAGCGGCAAUGUCAGCCCUCACAGUAGUAUUGAUAGCAUGGGAGUGGUCACUGCCAUGAGCAUCGCGAGCAACCGCAGUAACACAUAUAAAAGUGAAGCCAUAGCUAGCGGAACCAUGCUUACUGUCGAGAGGAACUUUGGAAGUGUAAAGAGUAGUGUUCGAGGUGACUCUUUAGAAAGUGCAAAAACAAGCAUGAGCCGAGCAAGUGACAGCAGUGGUGUUAGCGAUGAUAGCAGCUGGAGCCAUAUCACUGGAGGUACCAGCAAGCCUCACAAGGGGAACGACCCUAGAGGAAAGGCGAUUCAUGCUGUGCGGAUUCGAGAUGGCGUGCUUGGGAUGAGCCACUUUAGACUGCUCAAGCGUCUAGGCUGUGGUGACAUUGGCAGUGUAUACCUCUCGGAGUUAAGUGGGACUAGGUGCUACUUUGCAAUGAAAGUGAUGGACAAGGCAUCCUUGGCCAGCAGGAAGAAGUUGAAUAGGGCUCAAACUGAGAGGGAGAUCCUACAGCUUCUGGAUCAUCCAUUCCUACCAACUCUGUAUACACAUUUUGAGACUGAUAGGUUCUCUUGUCUGGUCAUGGAAUUUUGUCCGGGUGGCGACUUGCACACUCUGCGACAGAAACAGCCAGGAAAAUAUUUCUCCGAGUAUGCAGCAAGGUUUUAUGCUGCAGAAGUUCUUCUAGCUAUUGAAUAUCUGCACAUGCUGGGAGUUGUUUACAGGGACCUGAAGCCAGAAAAUGUUCUGGUGCGUGAUGAUGGCCACAUAAUGCUUUCAGAUUUCGACCUCUCCCUGAGAUGUGCAGUGUCACCUACAUUAAUCAGGACAUCGGCCUUUGAUUCUGACCCCAGAAGGGCGGGUGGUUCAUUCUGUGUGCAACCUACUUGCAUGGAGCCUACUUCGGCCUGUAUUCAGCCAGCUUGUUUCAUACCCAAAUUGUUCGGUCAGAAGAGCAAGAAAAAGACCAGAAAGACAAGGUCUGAGCUAGGACAGAGUGCCAUCAACCUGCCCGAGCUCCUCGCAGAACCAACGUCAGCUCGAUCCAUGUCAUUUGUUGGGACUCACGAGUACUUGGCCCCAGAAAUCAUCAAAGGCGAAGGCCAUGGAAGUGCGGUCGACUGGUGGACCUUUGGUAUCUUCUUGCACGAGCUUCUAUACGGCAAGACACCAUUCAAGGGGUCAGGCAACCGUGCCACGCUGUUCAACGUGGUCGGUCAGCAGCUGAAGUUCCCCGAGUCGCCGUCGACGAGCUACGCCGGCAGGGAUCUCAUCAGGGGGCUCCUGGCCAAGGAGCCGCAGCAGCGCCUCGGCGUGAAGAGGGGCGCGACGGAGAUCAAGCAGCACCCGUUCUUCGAGGGCGUGAACUGGGCCCUCAUCCGGUGCAGCACGCCCCCCGAGGUCCCGAGGCCCGUCGAGGCUGAGCUGCCCGUGAAGUACGGGGUGUCGGAGGCGGUCGCGAGCACCAACAAGAGGGUGGUCGGCGCGGACGCCAAGUCCAGCGGGAAGUACCUUGACUUUGAGUUCUUUUAGAGUUUGCGCCUUAGCGGCGGAGCUUGUUGUUUGCAUACUGUUGGUGUUGUUGGGUCAGUGUGGUGUUGUGAUUUUCACGGUGCUGUUUAUGUCAGUCACCGCUGUUACAAAUUUCUUGCAUCUGAACUGGCCGAAAUUAGCUAGGUGUGUUUGAUCUGCA